UAAAAGAUCAGAAAUCAGAUAAAAAGUUUGCCAUCGAUGACAAUAAUGAUGGACAUAAAGAUAACACAGACAACAGACAAUUAGAGUCAAAUCAAUUUAAUACCAGAUCUGAUCAAAGUCUUGUCAAUCAAUCAGAUUUGAAUGCAAAUUGUUAUACAAUUAUUGGUGUUUGUGAUACUAAUCAAUUAGUUACCAAUGAUAAUGUUGUUGAUGACGACUGUAUGGAAGUUAGUGAUAAUAAUCAAGAUCUUCAACAACAACAACAAUGUGAUCAACAACUUGUUGAGCAAACAUCAUCAACAGGUUAUUCAUUAAGAAAUGAUGGAUCAAUCAGUUAUGCAAACAGUGAUACAAAUGAAUCCACUAUUUUUGAUGAUUAUAUCGAUGAUUGUUGUGAUUUAUCAGAAUGUACUGGUUAUGACAAACAACCCGAUAGUGAUACCUAUAAACAGUAUGUCUGUGUUUGGGAAGGCUGUGACAAAAUUUAUGUUAAUUACAAGUCAUUUGUCAGACAUAUGAAAGAUCAUGGAUCGGAUGUCAGUGCCAUAGACAUCGAUAGACCGUUCAGCUGUACAGUUGAUAACUGUGGUAAAACAUUUCGCGAAAAGUACUCCCUUGAGAAACACAAAAAAGAGAUUCACUACUGUAGGGACGCAUACCGGUGCGACUAUGAGGGAUGUAACUAUAAAACUGGCAAAAAAAGUGCAUUGGUCGGCCACCAGAGCAAACAUCUCAAGGUUAAGGAGUUCCGAUGCAAUUUGGACGGUUGCCAAUUGGCAUUCAAAACGGCUGCCCAAUGCAAAAGCCAUCAGAUUAGUCUGCAUCCCGAUCACUGGCCAGACACGCCGUGGCGUCAGUGCUCGCAUACCGGUUGUACGUAUAGGUCAAAGUCGGCCAUUCAUUUAGGUAAACACAAACGUAAACACAAUACCAGAUCCAAGAAAUGCAAUGAAUGCGGUAAACUGUUUAGAGAAACUAGAAGUCUAAUGGAUCACUUGCGUGGCCACAAUAGUGAUCUGAAAUUCAGAUGCGAAUGGCCCGAUUGUGACCGCAAGUUUGCCGUCAAAGUUCAAUUGAACCGACACAUGAACGUACACUCGAGGGAUAAGACAUUCAGAUGCGAUUGGCCUGACUGUGACAAACAGUAUACAUUAGUACACUCGCUGAACGUACAUAUUAAACGUGUACAUCUGGAUAAAGCUAAAUACCGGUGCGAUUGGCCCGGUUGUGAUUAUCAGACAACUAAUACCAUACGAUUUAGAUAUCAUAUGCAAAAACAUGACGGAUCGGUACCGGUAUAUGAAUGCCAAUCAAUUGAUUGCAACUAUAAGACCAAAAUGAAAGAUGCGUUUGAUAUACAUAUGAAAAUCAAACAUAACUGUUAGAUAUAUUAAUAAU